AUGGAAGAAGAUUGGAAGCCAAAGUUAGGUAUGGUUUUUGAUAGCUUUGAGGAUGCUUGGAUGUUUUGGCUAAAUUAUGGUAAAAAAACUGGGUUUGGAGUGAGGAAACAAUAUACUCACAAAAAAGAUGAUGGCUCAAUUUCUUCUUGUCGGUUUGCUUGUUGCAAAGAAGGCUUACGAAAGGUAGACAAACGAGAUUACAAGAUAGUAAAUCCAAGACCGGAGACUAGAACAAAUUGUCAAGUAAAGAUGGGACUUAAGAAUAAGGAUGGAAAGUUUGUAGUGCAUGACUUUGUGGAGGUGCACAACCACAUUUUACAUUUGGAAGAAACGUCUCAUAUGUUGCCAUCUCAACGUAAAGUUUUAGAAGUUCAAAGCCAACAAAUUGAUUUGGCUGAUGAUGCCGGUCUGCAACAAAAGAAGUCGUUUGAUUUAAUGAGUAAACAAGUGGGAGGGAGAUCAAACUUGGGAUAUACUCGCCUUGAUCAAAAGAACUAUCUCCGAAAAAGAAGGCAACGUAGUUUGGUACAAGGGGAAGCUGGUUAUCUAUUGCAAUACUUCCAGAGAAAGUCAGUUGAAAAUUCACUUUUCUACCAUGCUUAUCAAUUAGAUAAUGAAGAUCAAAUUACCAAUGUGUUUUGGGCAGAUGCAAUGAUGCUAAUUGAUUAUGAGUAUUUUGGUGACGUGAUUUCACUUGAUUCGACAUAUUGCACUAAUAAUUCGCAUAGACCACUAGCGGUGUUCUCAGGUUUUAAUCACCAUCGGAGUGUAGUGAUCUUUGGGGCAGCAUUACUGUAUGAUGAAACAACAGAGUCGUACGAGUGGCUUUUUGAGUCAUAUUUAGACGCACACAAGCAAAAAAUGCCCAAAGCAGUUUUUACUGAUCAAGAUCAGGCAAUGGCCAAAGCACUGUCUAUAGUCAUGCCUGAGGCUUACCAUGGCCUAUGUACAUGGCACUUGAUGCAAAAUGGUGUCAAGCACUUAGGAAAUCUUAUGAAGGGUGAAUCUCAUUUUCUCACCGACUUUAAGAAGUGCAUGUACGGAUAUCAUGAUGAAGAACAAUUUGAGGAAGCUUGGAGAACUCUUAUAGCAAAAUAUGAUGUUCAAGAAAAUGAUUGGUUGCAAAGAAUGUAUACUUUGAAGGAAAAAUGGGCAUGUUGUUUUAUGAAGAAGGCGUUCACGUUGGGAAUGCGAAGUACUCAACUUAGUGAAAGUGUGAAUGCAGGUAUAAAAGAUUUUACCAAUGUGGACUUGGAUAUUGUCAAGUUCUGUAAGCGUUUCGAGGAUGUCGUGGAAGAAAAGAGAUAUAAUGAAUUGAAGUGUGAAUAUGAAGCACGUCAAAAAAUUCCAAGACUCAAGAACCCAUAUUUUGUUAUUUUGAAACAAAUGUCCGAGCUUUAUACUCCCACUAUUUUUGAAUUAUUCCAACACGAGUAUGAGUUAUUUGAAGCAUGUUGUGUAAAAAGCACGGAUGGAAAAACAUCAUCCAUUGAUUUUGUUAUUGCCAAUGUAAGGGGUUCUAGAGAAUGGUGCGUCUCAGUUGAUUUGGAAAAGAAGUCAAUCUGUUGCUCUUGUCGUAAGUUUGAGUCAUCUGGCAUUUUAUGUUGUCAUUGCAUAAGAGUAUUUAUUCAUAUGGAUGUCAAAUCAGUGCCUGAGCAAUAUGUAUUGAAGAGGUGGACAAAGUUAGCUAGAAGUGGGGCAUUGCGUGAUGGUUCGACCAAUCAUGUAGAAGAUGUUCAAUUGUCUACAGCUAAAAGUUAUGCAGAGAUUUGUCCUCGCCUUGUGAGAAUAGCCACAGAAGCAUGUAGAAAUCCAGAAACAGUUGUGUUUCUUAACAAAGUUGUUGAUUUGUUGGAGAAGCAAAUACUAGAGUUUCAAAAGAAACAAGUGAAUACUACUGAAGUUGAUGUCUUACUUGGCAAAGUUAAAGAGAUUGGAAACAACAAUGAAGGUUCAACAGAAGUAAAGGGGUUCAAGAAAAAAGAAGGUAGAAAAGGUUCUAAACGUUUGAAAAGUUGGGUAGAGAACCAAAAAGGCAAAAGAAAGAAAAAUAGUGCUUCAAGUGCUUCACAAAGUCAACAACUUACCGCGACCAACAUAACUCAAGAACAUGAGGUUCCUAAUACAAGUGCAACAUGGCUCAACGGUCAUUACAAUCAACAAUCUGUGGAAAGGAUUAACAUUUUGGGUGCCUCAAGUGGUUCACAAAGUCUACAACCUAAAAUGACCAACAUAACUCGAGUGCAUGAGGUUCCCAAUAUAGGUGCAACAUGGAUCAAUGGUCACUACAAUCAACAAUCUAUGGGAGACAAUAGUACUUUGAGCCAAUUUGGUAUCAAUAGUUUUACAAGCUUAUUGAUGGCACAAGACAAUGAUGAUGACAUUACAACUUUAACCAACCCAUAA